AUGAAAUUCACUACUGUUGCUGCUACUGCUGGUUUAAUCGCCUCAGCUCACGCUAAUCUUGCCAUUGACAAGUCCGUCGGUGUUGGUGUCGGUGUCGGUGUCGGUGUCGGUCUUGGUCUCGAAAAGAACAUUGGUCUUGACAAAUCUAUUGGUCUCGACAAAUCUAUUGGUCUUGACAAAUCUAUUGGUCUCGACAAAUCUAUUGGUCUCGAAAAGUCUAUUGGUCUUGACAAGUCUAUCGGUAUUGAAAAGUCCAUUGACAUUGGUGUCAGCAAGUCCAUCGGUAUUGAGAAGACCAAGCCAGCCCCAGCUCCACCAGCUCCAACUACUGCUGCUAGUGAGUCAACUGUGUUGACUACUACCCACGAAAUUGCAACCACCGUGAUUACCGUCACCAAAUGUAAGGACAAUGCUUGUUCUUCAGUUCCCGUCACUACCGGUGUCACCACUGUCACCGAGGACACCACCAUCUACACCACAUACUGUCCUUUGACUUCGAGUAUCCCACCUCCAGUCAGCUCAUCAGUUGUGCCACCACCACCUCCACCACCAUCUUCUUCCGCUGUCCCACCAUCAUCAGUGUUGUCUACCACCACUGACAUUGAAACCACCGUUGUCACCAUUACUUCAUGUCACGAAGACAAAUGUCACACCACUACUGCUACUACUGGUGUCACCACUGUCACCGAGGACACCACCAUCUACACCACAUAUUGUCCUUUGACUUCAACUCCAAUUGUUGAAUCUUCAUCUACUCCAGUUAUCCCAUCAUCAUCUGCUCCAGUUGUGCCAUCAUCAUCUGCACCAGCUUCAUCACCAAGUGCUCCAGCCAGCUCGUGGGCACAUGCUUCAUCUGCUCCAGUUGCCCCAUCAUCAUCUGCUCCAGUUGCCCCAUCAUCAUCUGCUCCAGUUGCCCCAUCAUCAUCUGCUUCAUCUGACGUUUCUAUCUAUGAAGGUGCUGCUGCUGCUAACAACGGCCCAGUUUACGCUUUGUUGGCUUUGGCUUUGGCUUACUUUAUGUAA